AACAUUGUAGAUUAGGACCAGUGAAGUAUGAAUUAGAAUAGUCUGGACAGCUUUAUAUUGUUGCUUCUGGGUGGCCCCCAUGUAAAGGAUAACACGAAUUUUCCACUAAACAGUACUUAUAUUAAAUGUCUUGGAAUAACAGGUAUGUGUCAGGUUUUAUUUGAAAGUACUUGUAUACCAUUAUGUAUAAUUUCCCAACUAAUGUAGGAAUCUGAAAUAUUUGUAGUUCAUAUAAAAUAUUGAAAACAAUGAUGUGUGCAAAUAGAAGAAAAUUUCUAGAAAAAUAUUUAACUUAUGGGCAUGAAUGGUAGGAUUAGAUUAAGUAUCACAAAUUCUAGAACAUAAGAAAAUCUGAGAAAAGCUUCUAUUGCAUCUCUCCUGGUUUUUAUAACUUGAAGAUAUUCGUCAUUGACAGACUCUUUAUGUUUAUGCUAUAUUUUUUUUGGCCAUUUUAUACUUUUUUUAUUUUUAUUUUUGGUACUAACCUCCUGAUAUCUAAAAGUUACAUUAGCCGACUAAUCCAGAAUUGAACUGUGUUAAACCCCACAAGUGGGAAAGCUCUCCUAGUACCUGUUUUCCUUUCACAAAACUCGAACGAGUGAUUUAUUAUGAAAAAUGUAACUAAAGUUGAUGUCUUAGUUGUGCACUGUAGAAUACAGUUAGGUUUCCAAAACAUCAUUGAUUCUGAGAACACAACUUUUCUGAUGAUCUAGAAUAAAGUUAGUCAUACAAAUCUAAUAAAAUCCCAUGGUAGAUCUAUUUUUCACAUCUGAUGCAGUUCCUUUUCAACUUCUAAUGUCAAAAGGUACACUUUGUAGAUAUUGAUCUGUGUCUGUGUUUUUUCCUGAGAAUGAGCAAUUAUUUUCACUAGAGCUCUGUUGCCUGUAAGGGAUAUCCAUCUUGCUUGUGAUAGUUGUAUGCAAACUUCAGAGGAGGCAUCUGUCUGUGGAUGACAUAAUUGAAGAGUUCCUACAAAAACAAAAUAAUUUCAUGCCUAUUAGGUACACUUACUCAGAUAUACUUUCCAACAUGGAUUUAUGAGCAGUUUGAUCAGGCAGAGGAUGUAGAGUUGGGAGAUGUUACUGAUAUUGAAAAGAAUCUUGUGAGGAAGAUUGUCAUGGUUGCCUUGUGGUGCAUCUGGAUGAAACCUGCCAUUUGUCCUUAAAUGAGCAAAGUCUUGGAGACGCUUGAAAGUGAAGCUGAGCUACUGAAAUGCCUCCCUAGUCUUCUUUUGUUCCUUCUGAAUUGCAGACUGCAAAUCAUGUUAAUAUAAAUGUCAAUUUAAGUCAAGCAGCCCAGCCAGCCCUAUUUCACUUGAUGCUAGAACAUGAGGUGCACUCCAAAUGCCUUACCUUGAUUUGCUUACACAUAGCAAGCAUCGCAUAUGUUUACAUAUCUUGCAUUGUUUAUAAGUAAAUGACCUUUUUACAACUCGAAUGUAUCAAACUUCCAAGUGUUACCGAGUUAUCCGUUCACAUAUGAUCUCUAAAUGAAAUAACAGUACUUUG